AUGUCUGAUAGGAAAAGAGAUGCUAAACAGGUUGUAUCGCCUAACAAGCACCGUCUGGAAAAGAGGAGGAAAGAUAUAAAUCAAAAGGAAAACGACUCACCAUUUCCCAAGUUAAAGACAAAAUACGUAUUUGCACCAACUAAUAAUCUGAAUUGCUCAACUCCAUUAAAACAAAUAAAAGUUGACCCAAAUAUACCCAAACAAGAGACAGAUUCACCAUCAUCGAAGGAGUCACGAGAAAUAAUAAGGAAUGACCAUCAUAGCUCUGAUGACCACGUAUUUUGGGCUGCAACUCCAAAGCAGAUCAAACAAGGUGAUACUAAUCAAAAAAAUCUUCCGUCAUCUCCUUUAACAACAGAACUACUAAAGAUAGAUCCCAUGAAUAAUGUUUCUAACAAGUAUCAAUCAAUGAUGUAUGAUAAUUUUGCAUCCCAAAGAUCACCUACUACAUUGAAAACAAACCCGAAUCAAAAAUUCACAUCAACACCAAAAUCUUUGAUACCAAAAAGUGAUAGUUUUCCAAGAUGUAAUAGUGUCAAAUCAUUAACAGGUCAGAAAUCCAAGAUCAUGGCAAAUCGCUCUUUAACUAAUUCACCUGCAACACCACUUCAAGGAAAUAUCAAACGGAAGGACAUUACAAGUUUAAUUAGUACCAUUGAAUCCGGGUUUGACACAACAGAGGAGAACCUAGAAACUCUCACGGAACCUAAACAACAGUUAAAUCAAGAGGUAAAGAGACCAGAGGAAACUAAUAUACCUGUGAAAUUGAACCAUCAAGAUAUUAAAAAUGAUACAAAACCAGAUAAGUCGUUUGAUGUUUCAAGUGAUUUUUUUAGUGAUGAUUUUAGUGAUGACUUUAUGAAUGAUUUGGAUAAGGUGCUAGAGAAAGGCUCUACACAGGUUGCUAAACCGGAACCAACCAUAUUGAAGAAAGACGAGGUUGAAAAUAUAAUAGAGAAGCUAAGCCAAAAGACCUUGGAAAAUAACGAUGAUUUCGACGAUACCCUCGAAGAUGAUGACUUAGAUGAUGAAGAAUUUGAUAAGAUGAUCGAGGAGAAGCUUACACAGAAACAGCCUAACACACAAACUAAUGCUGAGCCCAGGCUGACUACUCAAGAAGAACGCAUCAAAAAAAUUGAUUUUGAAGGAUCCAAGGUUUUCAAACAGGACAUUGAAAGAACUGAUACUACUAAAAUCGAACAUUACAAAAAGGAAGAACAAAAUCUGGCAAAAUGUGCAGUUGAGAGGAAGAAUGUCAAAAGGUUUCAAGUCAAGCAUGUAUUGACCACAUCAUUCACACAGAAGAAUGUCAAAAGGGAUCAAAAAAUUUUGACCGCUGUUGAUGGAAAUGGUAAUACAUCAAAGAUUGUUGUUAGAGAUCCUUGGGUGAAACUUGAUAUUGGUGCUCAGGAUGUGAUUCACAUAGUUGGGGAAAGCUACAAGCUGGUUGAUAAAGAUAGUGAUAAUUUAUUAAUUUGGAACCCUGACUUACUACUAUCAGCAACGUUGAUUGGUGAUACUAUAAAUUGUUAUAGACGGUCAGUUCUUAAGACUAGAUUGGAUUUUAGAGGUGAAUAUAAUAUGGCAUUGAUAGUUGGUGAAAUUGUCCAUUCGUUGUUUCAAGCGGUAUUGAGAGAGAGAAACUGUUCAAGUGAAUUUUUGCAUGAGGAACUUGAGCAUGAGCUUGAUGAUAAUUUAUUAACAAUCUUGGUUAUAGAUGAGACCAAAGAAAGCAUAAGAGGUGAAGUUAGCAACCACAUACCUUAUAUAAAGACUUGGUAUGAGAAUUAUGCAGUUGAUAAACCACUACAGCGUUCCGGAAUUAGAAUCUCAGGAAAGAGGGAGAAAUCAUUGUUUUCAGCUAGUAAUAUAUUAGACAUUGAAGAAAAUAUUUGGUCUCCAAUAUAUGGGUUAAGAGGAUUGAUUGAUGUUACAAUUGAAGCAAACUUACAAAGCUCUAGUAAAAGCGGUAAAUUUAUUGCACCAUUGGAGCUCAAGUCUGGUAAUAGAGCACAGUUAGCUCAUGGUGCACAAGCUUCACUUUAUACUCUACUUUUAAAAGAUAGAUAUGAAAUGGACGUUGGAUUUUUUAUGCUUGUGUACACUCGUCUUAAGGAAACAACAAAAUUUGAAAUUGAUCAUAGACAGCUCAAAGAUUUGGUCAUGUGCAGAAAUUUAUUGUCCAACUAUUUGAAGGAAGGAUCAAGAGCAUUACCAGAAUUAAAAAAAUCAGCAGAGUGUGAUAAUUGCUACGCUGUAUCUGAGUGUAUGACUUAUAACAAGCUCAUGGAAGAUGGAACUGCCAAUGAAAGUGGACUAAAAGAUAAUGUUUACGAUGAUAUCACGGGCCAUUUGAAUAAGGAUUCUCAUAAAAGCUUUUUCAACUAUUGGGAUGAUCUCAUAACCAAAGAAGAAGGUUCCAUCAAUAUGUUGAAACGUGAUCUAUUCCUAACUGAUGGUCCUACAAGAGAAAAGACAUCGGGAAAAUGCUUGAGUAACUUGGUUAUCAAAGGUGCCAUUGAUGAAGAGGGUGACGAGAGCAAAAAGUACAUUUACACAUUUGAAAGAAAUACAAAAGGUGCUGCUGCUUUAAAUGUAUCUCAAUUAUCCAAGCAUGAUAGAAUCAUAGUAAGUGAUGAAUCAGGUCACUUUGCUCUUUGUUCAGGUUUUGUUCUUAGUGUUAGACCAACUGAGAUCACAAUUUCAACAAUUAGAAGAUUGAAGAACAACAAUGUGAAGUUGGAUAAUUUUGAUGUUAGAAAUAACCAAACAUACCAGACAGUUUUGAGACCGAUGGAAAGAAAUAGUACAACAAAUGGUGAUCUAACAUAUCGUAUUGAUAAAGAUGAGAUGUUUCAUGGUAUGAAGCUGGCUCGAUUUAAUUUAUUAAAUCUCUUCUUAAAAGAUGGUGAUGUUCAUAAAAGAGAGUUAUUUGUCGAAGGAAGGAAGCCAGUUUUCAAGGCUAAACCGGUACUUUAUGAAUUACCAAAAGGCCACAGUUUCAAUAUUGACCAAAUUCAAGCUUUUGAUAAAGUACUUUCUGCUGAAGAUUAUGCUUUACUUCUAGGGAUGCCAGGUACUGGUAAAACUACUGUUAUUGCACAGUUGAUCAGGUUAUUAGUGAGUCAAAAUAAAUCAGUUCUUUUGACCUCAUAUACACACUCUGCAGUUGAUAAUAUUUUGCUUAAGAUGAAGAAUGAUGAUAUAGGAAUCGUCAGGCUAGGAAGCGUCUCAAGAAUUCACCCAGAGAUUAAAGAAUUCUCACCAUACCAAAAGGAUAUAAAGUCUAAAUCGGAUUUGGAUAAGGCAUUUAUGGAACCUCCAGUUGUUGCUACAACUUGUCUUGGUAUAUCUGAUUGGAUUUUCAAUAAGAGAAGAUUUGAUUACUGUAUUGUUGAUGAAUCAUCUCAGGUAUCAAUGCCUGUAUGUCUUGGUCCGUUGGGCUUUUGUGAUAAAUUCGUUCUUGUGGGUGACCAUUAUCAAUUACCUCCAUUGAUUGUUAACCAAGAUGCAAAAGCUGGCCUUUCAAAAAGUUUGUUCAAAUCAUUGAGUGAAAGUCACCCAGAGUCAGUUGUUGACUUAACACAUCAGUACAGAAUGUGUAGUGAUAUUAUGCUUUUAUCCAAUACUAUCAUUUAUGAAGGUAGAUUGAAGUGCGGCUCAGAUGAAGUUGCAAACCAGAAAUUGAGAAUACCUGAAAAAGGAAGAUUAAAUGAAGUUAUUUCCCAAGAUGUGACACCUGAUCAAUUCUGGAUGGAUGCUAUUUUAGAUGAUAAGAACAAAGUGCUAUUCUUGAACCAUGAUAAUGUCGGAGGAUGUGAAGAAUCUGCAUCUAAGGAAAACAUUGAAAAUCAUAAAGAAGCUGAAUUGGUUCACCAAAUAGUUCAGGGUAUGGUUUUGUGUGGAGUUGAACAAUCAAGCAUAGGUAUUAUGUCUUUCUAUAGAGCUCAACUUCGUCUUUUCUACAGAAAGUUUAGUGAUUACAAGGAUAUUGAAAUGUUAACAGCUGAUCAAUUUCAAGGAAGAGAUAAGGAUUGUGUUAUUAUUUCUCUUGUCAAAUCAAAUCACAGAAAUGAUGCUGGUAGUUUAUUAAAAGAAUGGAGAAGAGUCAAUGUUGCAAUCACAAGAGCAAGAUCAAAGCUAAUCAUUAUCGGAUCUAAAAGGACUUUACAAUCUUUACAAACUAUAGACGCAUUUAUGAACAUUUUACAUUCAAGAGGUUGGUUUUACGAUCUUCCAAAAGCUGCUGAUACAAUCUAUAGAUUUAAACCAUCUACAAUUAAUUCAUCAAGUUCAGUAUCUUCUAGAAAACCAAGUCAGGUCAAAAGUAUCAGUCAGUCCAAAGCACUACAAAAUAAACCAUUAGCAAAGGACAUUGCCAUGGAGAUGGGUCUUUAA